AUGAAGGUCUCAGGUGCUCACUCCUGGCUUCUCUUAUUGUUCCUGGUCCAAAGUGACAGAAACCAGGUUUCAGGCCAGUGUUCAGUACCCACAGCACUAGUCUGCUGUCCUGGAAAGAAUAGCCAAUGCAACCGUGGUGGGUGUUUUUGUGAUGAGUUCUGCGUCAUAAACAGGGACUGCUGUGCUGACUACAAUCAGACAUGCAUUCAGCCCUUAAUAUCAACCUCACCACCAUCUUCAUCUUCCCUACCUACAACCAACCAAUCACCAACAUCCUCACCAACCUCACAACCGUCUUCAUCAAUCUCACCAACAACCAACCGAUCAUCAUCACCAACCUCAGAACCACCUUCUUCUUCAUCCCCACCACCAACCUCUGCAUCUUCAUCAACAUCCCAGCAGAGAAAAAACAUCAGUGCAAUCACAGUCUUCCACAUUCGUGUUCGCUCAGGAGCCAGUGAGGAGGCAAAGCUGAAGGCUGUGCGGGAUUUCAUUCUCCACCUCGAGGGCUUGAUGAGGAGACAGCAAUGUGAAGACUGCAGUCUACGAGUGCUAAACAUCACCCAGAAAUAUCACUGAUAACAUCAAGUCAAAUAUAUGUUUUUCAGUAGUUAAUCAUUAUUACCUGACCUUACUCCACGUGUUUGUUUAAUACUCCUGGUGUGUAAAUGGUGUCCCUAGAUGGCGCUAGAGGACCAAACCUGUAAUGGAAAUCAGAGAGGAUUGUCUAAUC